AACAAUCUUAUAUCCAGGAAAGUACAAUAGCCACUGACAGCUUUUACACAAGUUGUUAAAAAACAUUUAUAUACGUUUAUGAACAUUUCCGCGCUACAGGAUAGUGGUUGUUCCUCGCGCACCUCAGCUUUAACGUCAGUUAGUUAGGAUAGAUAAACGUUAGGUACAUAAGUCAGCUACUUAGCAAACACUUACCCGUGUAACGUUACUGUGAAGUUUCACACUCGCGUUAUCUAACGUUAUAGGCCAAGUUUUCAUUGGUUCUCUGACAGUUAUAGCCGUUGAAAAUGAAUUGGGUUGGGGGUUCAAGGAGCCGGUUAGUGAUGAAGAAUGAUGCGAAAAGGCAGAGGGAGUUUUUUGAAAAGAUAAAAAUGCAACAGAAAUUGAAAAACCUGGGAAUUGCUUUGCCAGCCUCCCCUCGAGGCACUAGUUCUGGUAGUAUGGACCUGGUGACUCUGUUCAUCGUCAACCAGAUUGCUGCUAAGAAAGAAAAUAAAGAUCCUCCUAAAAUGGCAGUUCUUGGCAGCUAUAAAGGAGGAUCGAAGCAUAGGAGAAAUGAGCCCCUUGUACUCCCUAUGAGCCCCUGCUCUCCAUCACAGCUCAGUCUUGUUGAGAGCCAGCCUGAGUGCAGUGUUCAAGGAGCAGGAAAGAGAACGCAUGUAAUUCCACAAGGGUUCAAGUGUCGGCAGCUGUCGCCAGUGCUGGAGUCUGCUUUCUCAGACAUCAGUGCAUCUGACUACCUGCCACCCAUAACUGACACCGUCAGCCCCUUGUCCUACACCUCAUCAGCUUCCUCAGCCCAAGGAAUAUUCCCCCGACAGCUGAAUGUCCAACAGAGAAGCCAGGCGCCCUGCUCCCCUCCUCACUGGGACACCUCAGGGCUGGUGCAGACCAAGUUUCAGCCUUUCUCCCAUCCCAGAGUUAUGACAGACUGUAUCCCCUGGUCCUAUGGAUCAAACCCACCCCUCUACCAACCGGAGACACCGUCAGCAGCCCAAGUCCUGUUCAGAAGUCCAGAGCCGGGUAACACAGAGUCUAGCGGCCACGCAAGACACGAGGUCACCUUCUCUCUAAGUCCCCCGGAGGACAGGGAGGGGAUAUUGGAUUUCACCCUCAAUCAAUCAGAAACAAAGCAGCAGUUUGAGGAAGAUGUCUUCAGGGGCUUCAGUACUGAUGAAUGUGAAAGAGAAGCUUCUCAUUUUGGGAGAGUAUCAUCAAAAAUAUAUCUCAAAGAUGAAACACCGGCCAAAUCUUCAACACCACAAACCGUCCCUGACUCACAGAGCAUGGGAGUGGAGCUCUCCAACUGCACUGACAUGGACUUUUCAUGUCUUGAACACAACAAUGGCCUCAUGAAUGGCAGUGACUAUUCGUCAAGCUACUCUUGUGGAACAGGUUACGUCAGUUCAGACUCAAAUGAUGAUGAAGAAUGCUGUUUGCCAUGUCUCCAGGCUGCCUCUUCAUAUAUGGACCAAGCCUGUUGUGCAGAUAGCCUCAAUCCAAACCUGGUGCCAGAUAAAGCCUUAGGAAGCAAUAGCACACAGACGGGAAGCAACACAGCUCAGUUUGAGUCUCCUCAAGCUCUAGCUCAAACUCAGGUCUCAGAGCUGUGCAAAUGCAAGAAAACAUCCCAUGAAACUCAAGAUGUGGGAACUCAAACUGCUGACAGCCCCACAGCUGAGACAUGUGAUGCCGCGACUCAGUGCAGCCUUGUUGUAGAAAGCACAACCAAAGCCACUGGGUUCAACUUGUGCCUACCACCUGUUGAAGUGUCAGUACCGAAUCCAGCCACAAAGAGGCAGACUGAUACUGCUGCAGAGCCAAAUACACACACACCUUUACCGGGAAAGGCCAGUAUCGGAGGGAAGCAUAUGCCCUGGAGCAAGAAGAAAUUUUGGGCUGCUCCCCUAUCAGGCAGUGAUAGCAAAGUGAUCCUAAAGAUACCCAUACACCCCUGUCUAGAGGCUCAGAGCAUGACGGAUGGCAGAGGUAAAGAGAAUCAAGAGGGCAGAGAUGAGAGGGGGCAACAGGAAAAUGGCCGUCUGAUGAAAGUCCUCUCAAGUGAAGUGAGGGAGGAGGUCACAUCUGCCGCCAGAGUUGACAGGCUCUCAGAUGAGGCUGAAACACUUCAGGAAAUAGCCGACAUUUUGCUCUUGCUCAAGCAGAGGAAGGGGGAGGGAUGGUAAGGAAGGAAGGCAGAUGAAUGAAAGCAGCAGGAAAUAAGAAAACAUGCCUGUUCUGUGCAUGUUUUUUUAAUUCAAAGCAUUAUUUAAUUGUUCUAAGCAGAUAAAGCAAAUAAAAUAUUCAUAGUGUUUGAUCAAAGUGUUAUAAUCGAGACACACUGAAAUAAAGCCAGAAAGCGUUACUCU